UCCUCCAGACACGGAUGUAAAUAUUCGCUGGCCAAUAAGCGUUUUUUCUGGUGGUGUGAACUAUGUCAAAUUCCCGCAUUAAAUCCCCUAAACAGCCUGGCAUAGAACAGUAUUUUAGUAAAAGCGAAACCAGGGAAAACCGGGCUUCAGGGUCAGAUAAGAUCUUAUCAAGCCGAAGCAGUGGACCAUCUUCUGGCUUUAACAGCCAUCAACAUUCACUGGUCGACAAACGUCGCAGACAACACACAGAUCAUACCAAGCACCGCAGAACAGCUGACCACACCAAAAUGGGCUUGAUUUUUGGCAAACCAGAUGAUGAGACAGACUGUAUGAUGAAAUUUAUGAGAGACAAAAGUGCCCGAGAUUUGGAAAAAUACAGGAAAUCUUACCCAGGAAAAGUGGAUGACCCAGAGCAAACAGACAAUUAUCUUUUCUACACCAAUCAGCUUGUGUGCAAACCAGAUGGUGGCCUCAUAGAUGAGAUUCAUGAGAAAUGGUGGGGAGAUUAUGAAAGACUGGAAAUGCACCAUGGAUACAUCCAAUGGUUGUUCCCAAUUAGAGAGAUUGGGAUGAACUGGCACUCCCAAGAACUACAGCUCCAUGAAGUUGAGAAAAUCCUGGCUGAUGAGAAGGCAAAGGAAAGAUUUCUCAAGUCCUACAAGAUGAUGUUAGAUUUCUAUGGGAUGAAACUAAAAGAUGAGGAGACUGGGGAAGUGUGUCGCUCGGAGAACUGGGAGGACAGGUUUAAACAUCUUAACAGUUCCGUGCACAAUUACCUGCGGAUCACACGGAUAUUGAAGUGUCUAGGGGAGUUAGGGCUGGAGCACUACAAGUACCCAGUGGUGAGCUUCCUGAUAGAGGAGGCUGGCUUCCACAGAACACUACGCAACACCCUCGAGAGCUGUAUUAUGUACUGGAUUGAGACUGUCAAGGAUGGUAAACAGAGGGAGGAUUUACGGCUGCAUGUGAAACGUUACACGCGCAAACCGGUUCAGCUGUAAAUAGGAGAAUCACUUAACCUGGCUUGAAUCAAACUGCAUGUUCAUUUAUUUAUAUACAUAUUUUCUUGCAAUGAUGACAUUCCUGCUGAAUGGCGGUAAAAAGACUUGGACUUUGUGCGUACAUGUAUAUAGUGUGACCACUAAAACGGGCACAUUCAGAUUACUGUGGUACAUGUGUGUGAUACAGCAUGGAAGAUAAGACAUGAUCUGAACAUCUUCAGUCUCAUGAAUAUAGCAGGAGUCGCACUUCCUGCAACGCAUCUAAGGUGGGAGCCUGGGGGUACAUGAAAUCAAGACUGUCAUAUAACUAUGCAUGGACAUCAUGGUAGAAAACUGAACCAAAGUAUCAAAUUAAUAUACAGGGUGCAUAGUGGAGAUAAACUGCGAGAAAAUGCUGCUUCAUUUGACACCUGUCAGGUUACAGGAAUGAAAAAAAUGCUUUCACUGGUUUGACUGUGACUUUUAGUCAGGAGGUUUGUCAGGUACCUGUUAAUGUACCUGUCAGGUACCUACAACUCUAUGCAUACCAGUUUCCUCCACCCAGAAACUCUACCAGUGUCCAGUGAGUGAAACAUUCUUGAGUAUAUCAGCAUACAAUGAAUCAAGAAAAGAACACAGAAAUGAUGUGAUCAGAAGGCUGUGUGUUCAUGAGAAAGAGAAUGAGAAGUACAUAAGGAUAAUAUCCAUGUACCGGUAACUAGAUGUGGGUGUGACAAAGAAGAAAGAUGGACAAGAUGUGUAUAAACUAGUUUUGUCAUUCAAGCAGUAGCUGUGAUAAGAGGACUCUAGUUAUAAGAUAAGUGGCGUAAUUGACAUGGCAUUUAUCUUAUACAUUUUUAAUGGAACAUUUAAGACAGGACAAGAAACUUUCAGGUUUCUGCUGCUUCUAUUCAUCCCAAGGCCUUGACGGCAAUAAGUGGUCAGCAGUGUUCUCAUGCGUGAAGUUCACUGGAGUCCACUUGCAUUCCACCAAUAUAACAUGACAUGCGGGAGAGAUGGCCAGUAAGUCCUCAAAGAGCCCAGUUCAUGCUGGCUUCCUUUCGGGUCAUAAGUGGGAAGGUCUUUAAGCAACCUGCGCAUGAGCGUGAAUUUCCACUGGGCUCUGCCCAGUUUCCUUUCACCAUAAUGCUGGCCACCAUCGUAUAAGUGAGAUAUUCUUGAGUACAGUGUAAAACAUCAAUUAAAUAAAUAAAUAAAUUUCUCAAAUCUUGAUCGUUUAACAACAGUCAAAUAAAAUAAAUACAGAAAAUUUGGUAAUAAAUUGUAUUACUUUCAAAUGCCAGUAACACCUGAUAUAUCUCGUGCACAUCUCCACACAGCAAUACGCUUUUAAUAGUCCCAUCUCCACAAUAUUAUGCAUGCAUUCAUAAUAGUUUCAGCGUAAGCAUUUGAAAUUGUGUUCAGUAUUAGUUAAUACCCAUGUAUGGAAGUACCGGUACUGGAAAUUGUAAUACCGGUACUGAGAUAUAAUCUGGUCAGCCGUAUUCAGUAGUGAAUGGGAAGUUAGUCACGGGGAUGGCAGGCUUUAAUCUGGAAAAUAAGGGAAUUACUGUAUAUGACGUCAGAUUUCAUCCAUGGUUACGUUUCUCAUUUUGUCUGAUUGUGAGAGUUGUAUUGAUAUUUAAAGGUUUGUUUAGGGGGUGGUACCUUACUGAAAAGUCGAUAGUUUCAGCUCCUAAGAUAAUAUUUGUUUUUACCUUCAUUUGUCUUAAAGAUGCACAUUUUAGGACGAAAUUUUGGUCAAAUAUGGUGCUUUCAGCAUAAAGUUUGAGUUCAAAUUCAUCCUGUUAUCCCACUGUAGGCAUGUUGCUUUAUAUUAUACAUGUAAAUAAACAUCAACACGUCAUGCAAGAUUAUCACAUAGAUAUGUGUGAUAUUUUUCUGAAGUUAUAUAAUGUAACAUUUACUUACAGAUGCAUGCAAAAAUCAUCACAUAGAUAUGUGGUGUUAUUAGUUGUAUAGUAUAACAUUUAUAUAUAGAUGCAUACUUGUAUAAUAAUAAUAUAAUAAUAUUUGUGCAAAUUAUGUAAGAAUGUUCUGCUGUUAAAGGAAUAUAACAAGUAAAAGCUAUAGUAAGUUGUGUCUUCUCUAAAA